AUGUCAGCUCCUACUGCAGCUGCUACGGCUCCCGCCCCAGGCGGAGCCAGGGAAAGACGAGCCUUCAAGACUCAGGACAAACCGGACGAAGUCAGGAGAUCCAAUUUGAACGCUGCCAAGGCCGUAUCGGAUGCCAUCAGGACCAGCCUGGGCCCCAAGGGCAUGGACAAGAUGGUCAGUGUCGAGCGAGUAUACUUGGACACGGCCUUGGUACAACCAUUGUCAGCCGAUGGAGCGCAGUAGAGGGGCGAGCGCAAGCCUUGGGCAGUUUGCUGCGUAUGGCAGCCCUGCUUGCGUGAUGUUGGAGGAAAGCCGCUUUGCUGACUUCAGUCCAACGUUUGCGCCGCCGCUUAGAUCCAAACCGCAAGUGGAGAAGUGGUCAUUACGAACGACGGUGCCACUAUUCUGAAGCACAUGGCAGUCAUGCACCCUGCAGCGCGCAUGCUCGUCGAGCUAUCUCAAGCGCAAGACGUUGAAGCUGGUGAUGGUACCACUUCCGUCGUCGUCAUUGCCGGUAGUCUCUUGGGCGCUGCGGAAAAGAUGCUCAAUAAGGGCAUUCAUCCUACGCUCAUUGCCGAGAGCUUCCAGAGGGCCGCAGGAAAGGCUGUAGAGUACUUGACGGACAUUGCUACACCUAUCAAGCUCGAAGACAAGGAAAGCUUGCUCAGAGCCGCAAGCACAAGUCUUAAUUCAAAGGUGAGAGGUGCACUUUUCACGUCGAUCUUUUGGCGGAUAUCUCAUACCUGCGACAUCAUGCCACACUUCGCUCUCAGAUUGUCUCGCAGUACUCGUCUGUCCUUGCUCCCAUCGCCGUCGAGGCAGUCACAAGACUCGUUCGCGCACCUCACUCUUCCUCCCGUCCCAAGUCGCCCGUGAACGCAUCAUCUCCCGUUCUGCCAUCAGGCGACGCAUCUGCAACAAGUGCAGCACUGUCCUCCACCUCUCCAGCCUCUGGUGGACAGGCAGCCGUGGGCAAAGAGGAAGCAGCGAAUGUCGACUUGCGCGACAUUAGACUUGUCAAGAAGGUGGGAGGAACCAUUGAUGAUACGGAGCUCGUCGAGGGUCUUGUAUUGGAGCAGAAUGUCGUGACUGGAUCCGGUGGUCCGAGUCGUGUGGAGAAGGCUCGCAUCGCCCUGUGCCAGUUCCAGCUGAGCAGCCCCAAACCUGACGUGAGUUGCGUUGCACUUAGCUCUGAAGAUGCGUCAGCUGACACUCUGCUCUCGCGCCUUCUAACAGAUGGACAACCAGAUCGUGGUCAACGACUACCGUCAGAUGGAUAAGAUCCUUAAGGAGGAGCGACAAUAUCUAUUGAACAUGUGCAAGAAGAUCAAGAAGACUGGCUGCAACGUACUCUUGAUCCAAAAGUCGAUCUUGCGAGAUGCAGUCAACGAACUAGCUCUCCAUUUCCUUGCCAAGCUCAAGAUCCUCGUUAUCAAGGAUGUGGAGCGGGAUGAGAUCGAGUUUGUGAGCAAGACGCUCGGCGCAAAGCCCAUUGCGGACAUUGAACACUUUUCGGAGGACAAGCUGGCCAGCGCGGACUUGGUGGAGGAGAUUCAACAGAGCGGAGCCAAGAUUGCCAAGAUUACGGGAAUCAAGAACAUGGGCAGAACGGUCAGCGUGCUUUGCACCGGUGCCAAUGCUUUGGUGCUUGGCGAGAGUGAAAGAUCUCUGCACGAUGCGCUCUGCGUUGUUAGGUGCCUGGUCAAGAAGCGGUGAGUUGCAAAACAUGAAAGAAGAAAAAAAAAAAAAAAAAGGGACGGUGAACAGGUGCAUUCUGCUUACAUGACGCCCUUUCGUGCGCUGUUUGUCAAAAGCUACCUGAUUGCUGGUGGAGGGGCACCCGAGGUGCACGUUUCACGUCUUCUGGCAGAGCACGCGCAGACGUUGACGGGCAUGGAAGCCUACUGUUUCCAAGCCUAUGCCGAAGCGCUAGAGAUUGUGCCGACGACGCUAGCGGAGAAUGCGGGUCUGAACCCAAUCGCCAUUGUGACGGAGCUGAGGAAUCGGCACGCAUUGGGAGAGAGGACGGCGGGUAUCAAUGUGAGAAAGGGACAGAUUACAAACAUUUUGGAGGAGAAUGUGUUGCAGCCUUUGCUGGUCAAUACCAGCGCCAUCGAAUUGGCUACAGAGACGGUCGCGCUCUUGCUCAGAAUCGACGGUGAGUGCCUUUUGCUGUGCCUAUUGCAUGGUCCCCUGCAUCGCCCACUGACAUUCUCUCACUUCGUUGUUCGGGCUAGACUAUCACCUGAGCCGUUGA